CACACCCGAUCUGGCCUGGCCUGAUUCCUUUAUUUAGAUUUUCAUUUCAUUUCAUGUUGUGCUGGCUUUAUUGAAGAGGGAGAGACAGUAAAGAUACAAAAAGAAAAUGGCGUUAAACAAUGGAAUCAAAUCACAAGUUUGACUGGACUGAGAUCGUGAGAACAUGAGUGCGACAGAAAUCGCACACCCACCUUCGUUAGCUGAAUGUGAAAGCAAAGACUCCAAAAAGCCAAAACAAAGCUGCGUUCUCUGUUCUUUUUACCCCUCUUUUGUCUUCUUGCUUUUUCUGUUGCUCUGAGACAUUCUCUAGUAUGGGGAAGUACUAAUCCAUUCAUGUGAGAUUGCCUAAGUACGAUCUUUCACCCCUCCUGACUCACCAACGUCCUGUCUCGCCCCAUCAUAUAGACCUUUCCUGGUCGUCUUCGCCGUACCAUUUGAUCAACUGCACGUACUUCCCUCAAGAACAUACAUUUCAUAUCAUGAACAGCCGCCACUGCUGUUAUGUUGUGUGGUUAUAAUCUUCAAUUCCUCCACGUUAAUUUCCUUGUAAAUAUCUUGAAAUUUCCCAAGAAAAAUGAAGAUUUUGACUGUAGAGGUGAUGCUAGAUGUGCUGCUGCUGCUGUUUCUGAAAUGUAGCUUUGCGGUGGGAGAUGAACAGGUGAUGAGGCUGUUGGACUUCAUGAAGUCGUCAGUUGAAAGUGAUCCAAACGGGUUCUUGAAACACUGGGAUUCUUCUUCUUCAAGCCCCUGCAAAUGGAAUGGCGUGGUUUGCUCUCCUGCCCAUGAAGGUCAAGUCACAGACCUCAAUCUUCAAAAUGCAAACCUCUACGGCUUCCUCCACAUCUAUCAUCUCAUGGCUCUCCCUUCUCUCAGGAAUCUUCGGUUGAGUGGCAACCGUUUCUACGGAAAUCUUUCACUCACAUCAGAUUCUUCUUCUUGCAGCAGUAGCUUUGAGUCUCUUGAUCUAUCAUCUAACAACUUCUCAGAUUCUCUGGAUUUGAGUCCCUUGUUGUCUGCCUGCAAUCGCCUCACAUAUCUUAACCUUUCCCAGAAUUCGAUCCCUCAUCUGGUGCUCAAGCCAUCUCCCUCGGUUCUCCAGGUUGAUGCCUCAAAGAACAAGAUUUCGAAUUUAGACCUUCUGGAUUACUCUCUGUCCGACUGCCAGAACUUGAGCCUGCUCAAUUUGUCUGAAAACAAGCUGAGUGGUAAUCUGAUGAAAAGCUCGCUUUUUUCUUGCAACAACCUAGGACUUCUUGAUCUGUCGCACAACAAUGUCUCCGGAGAUUUCAAUGAUGUUGAAUUCGGGGCUUGCGGCAAUCUGGCUGUACUAGACUUGUCAUUCAACAGCCUCUCAGGUUCUGAUUUCCCCACCAGUCUUGGGAAUUGCCAGAAUCUGGAGAAACUCCUUAUCGGGCAUAACUUGAUUCAACUGAAGAUUCCAGGGGGCUUGUUAUCAAAGCUGAAGCGUUUGAGAAAUUUGGGAUUGGCCCACAACAGUUUUUCCGGGGAGAUUCCGUCGGAGCUGGGUGGAAUUUGUACCACUCUCGAGGAUCUUGAUCUUUCCGGGAACCAGUUAUCCGGUGAGCUCCCGUCCACGUUCAGAGCGUGCUCCUCCACGCUCACCUCUCUCAACCUCAGCAAUAAUCAUCUCUCCGGCGACUUCUUGAGCAGCGUCGUUAGCCGGCUUGAGAAUCUCAGACGCCUCUCGGUUUCUUUCAAUAACUUAACCGGUCCGGUUCCGAAGUCUUUGGAAAACUGUCCCCACCUUGAGGUGCUCGAUCUUAGCUCAAACCGGUUCGACGGCGGCGUGCCUUCCUGGUUAUGCUCACCGGUUUCUAUCCUGCAGACGAUGGCGCUGGCAAACAACCAACUUUCCGGGUCAGUCCCACCGCAACUCGGGUUCUGCAAGAACCUAAUGAAAAUCGAUCUCAGCUUCAACCGCCUGAGCGGUUCUAUCCCGUUGGAAAUCUGGAACCUUCCGAAUCUCUCGGAUCUGAUCAUGUGGGCGAACUCUUUCACAGGGGAGAUUCCUGAAGGCAUUUGCAGUUCCAGAUUUGGAGGAGGAGGGAAACUCGAAACCCUAAUCCUCAAUCACAAUUUCAUCUCCGGACCGAUUCCGAAGUCGAUUUCGAAGUGCACCCAGCUGGUUUGGGUUUCUCUGUCAAGCAACCAGCUGACAGGCGAGAUUCCUCCGCAAAUCGGCGAGCUCUCGAAGCUCGCGAUACUCCAGCUAGGGAAUAACUCUCUGUCCGGCACGGUUCCUCCUGGCCUAGGAAGGUGUAAGAACCUGAUAUGGCUGGAUUUGAAUAGCAAUAACUUAACGGGUCCGGUUCCUGCCGAACUAGCCGAUCAGGCCGGGCUUAUCGUCCCCGGCGGUGUGUCGGGGAAGCAUUUUGCUUUCGUGAGAAACGAGGGUGGGCCUGUGUGCAAAGGCGCAGGUGGUCUGGUUUACUUCGACGGAAUCCGCGAAGAGAUUCUAGAAAACUUCCCGGUCUUCCAUUCCUGCCCGUCGAUUAGGGUUUACUCUGGCACCACGAUCUACACGUUUUCCAGCAAUGGGAGCAUGAUUUACCUUGACCUCUCCUACAAUACACUGUCCGGAACCAUUCCUCCCAGCUUUGGUUCAAUGAAUUAUCUGCAGGUGUUAAAUUUGGGCCACAAUGAUUUAACCGGAACCAUUCCUUUCAGCUUCGGCGGUCUUAAGAGAACUGGUGUGCUUGAUGUCUCUCACAACCAUCUUCACGGCCGAAUCCCAGGGUCACUCGGAGCGCUCUCAUUUCUCAACGAUCUAGAUCUUUCCAACAACAACCUCUCCGGGGAGAUUCCUUCCAGCGGGCAGCUGAUCACAUUCCCUGCUGCUCGAUACGAAAACAACUCUGACCUAUGUGGUGUACCCUUACCCCCCUGUGGUGCAUCUGAUUCAUCGUCAAGUGCACAAUACGACCAGCAACAAGAUAGGAAGAAGCGGGCAACCACUAUAUGGAUGGUCGCCGGGUUUACAGCAUCUUUUAUUGCAUUGUGCGGACUACUCGUUUCACUCUUGAGAGUGAGGAAAGGUCAGGAGAAGAAGGCAGAAGAAAGGAGGGAUAAGUACAUUGAGACCCUUUCGACUUCCGGAAGCAGUACCUGGAAGCUCUGCAGCGUACCUGAGCCACUCAGCAUUAAUGUGGCCACCUUUGAGAAACCUUUGAGGAAGCUGACCUUUGCGCAUCUUCUAGAAGCGACCAACGGGUUUAGCACAUCGUCAAUGAUUGGUUCAGGUGGGUUCGGGGAGGUCUACAAGGCGCAUUUGAAGGAUGGUUCAGUCGUGGCGAUCAAGAAGCUCAUCCACGUGACGGGCCAAGGUGACCGUGAGUUCAUGGCAGAAAUGGAAACAAUCGGGAAAAUUAAACACCGAAACCUCGUACCGCUAUUGGGGUAUUGCAAGAUCGGAGAGGAGAGGCUUCUUGUAUACGAGUACAUGAAAUGGGGGAGCUUAGAAGACGUUCUUCAUGAGACUCGAGACAAAGCAUGGCUCAACUGGGCAGCCCGGAAGAAGAUCGCGGUUGGAUCUGCAAGAGGGCUUGCAUUUCUUCACCAUAGCUGUCUCCCGCAUAUAAUUCACCGCGAUAUGAAAUCUAGCAACGUCCUCCUGGACGAAAACUUGGAAGCCCGGGUGUCCGAUUUCGGAAUGGCCCGCUUGGUGAAUGCGCUGGAUACUCAUCUUAGUGUGAGCACACUUGCGGGCACUCCAGGAUAUGUCCCACCAGAAUAUUACCACAGUUUUAGGUGCACAACUAAAGGUGAUGUCUAUAGCUACGGUGUCAUACUUCUUGAGCUUCUCUCGGGUAAGAGGCCCAUAAACACUCGAGAUUUCGGAGAUGACAACAACCUGGUGGGCUGGGCUAAGCUGCUGCAUAAGGGCAAUAGAAGUCAUGAGAUAUUCGAUCCCCAACUCAUGAGCGAUUUGUCUGGUGAAUGUGAUCAGCUCUAUCAGUAUCUUAAGAUUGCGUUUGAAUGCCUAGAGGAGAAGCCGUAUCAAAGGCCAACCAUGAUACAAGUUAUGGCCAUGUUUAAAGCAUCGUCUUUGCAUGAUGAUUCAGAGAGUGAUAUUCUUGAUGACGUCUCAGUCUUGAUCGAUGAGUCACCCGAAGGCGAACCGUAGUCUGCCAUGGUUCACUGGCUAUAAGCUUUGAUCUGUUGCAGAUUCUUGCUCAGUGGAUGGCUCAAAAUGUCGAUGAGAUCAUAGAACUAGUUGUUUUUUCCCUUUUUGGCUGUUGGCCUGUUGUAUGUAAUUUGUAAAUAUUAGGUGAUAUGUUCUCAGAUGAAAGUCAUAAGAACAUCUCAAAUAUUCAAUUUAACUUCAUUAGUUGCAGACGGGUUUGUCCUAAUGCAAACAUUAAAAAGACAUUUAACUUCAUUGGUGCUUUUGGUUGGUUGAAUUGUAAUUGUAA